UCGAGACUUUUGGACCUCUUUUAUCAUUUUAUUUACAAUAAUUUAUAGGAAAAAACGAGUUUUGGAUCCGAAUGCCAAAAUAUAAUGAAAAAUUCGUUGAUAAAGGGUACAGAAGUCAAAAUUCACGAAUGGUCAACGGAACGAGUUAAUACAGGCUUAGGACGCUCGUACGGAAUACAAGAAAUCCGGGUUCAACUGCCGGCCGAGGAAAAAAUGGGUUCUGAAUUCGAUCACACAAGUGAAACAGAAAUGCCGCUGAAUGAAAUGUGGAACAGCAGAAGGAUAUUCAUGGAUGAUCAGCGGAACGAGUUAGUAAAGGUGUUUGAGGAAACUCCAUACCCGAAAAGAAAUAAAUUGGAAACACUUGCUCAGAGAAUGGGAGUGUUAUUCGACAGUGUUAGAAAAUGGUUCCAGAGUACUAGAACAUAUAAUCCAAACAAACCUAUGCCUUCAUUGUCGUAUGAUCAUUACGAAACAAAGGGUUUUAAAUCCGAUUACAAAAGCAAAAAGGAAAAACCGAAAAUAGCAGUGAGCUGUAGGAAAUUCACGGUUGAUCAACGGAAUGAGUUAAUGCGAGUAUUAGAGGAAACUCGAUAUCCUGAUAGAAGAAAAAUGAUGGAACUAGCCGAAAGGAUGGGAGUGUCAUUCCAAAAAAUUAGUAUGUGGUUCCGGAAUAUUAGAAGAACUAAAUCUAGAACUAAAUCGAACCAAACUAAGUCUUCGUCGACGCGUAAUCGUCAAGUAUGA